AUGUCAUCAGUAAAGUUUGAUGGUUCCAACUUUGCUUUACAGGUUGGGAACAACAACGGUGUGUUCAACGCUCAGCUUCAUGUCCCACCGGAACGGCCCGAAACACCGCCCCAUCCACUCUCUACCGUUCCGUUCCGUCGCGAUCCAGACUUUGUUGAUCGCGGCACACUUCUCGACCAGAUCCGCGAAAAGUGCUCCGCUCCUGCUUCUCGAAUCGCGCUUGUCGGCCUCGGUGGCGUUGGGAAAUCGCAACUUGCCAUCGAAUACUGUUACCGAGUCCGCGAGAACUUCCCGAACACGUGGGUCUUCUGGGUACACACGAGUAACGCUGCUCGAUUCGAGCAGGGCUUCCGGGAAAUUGCCGACCGUGUCAGAAUCCCCGGUCGCAAAGAUCCUAAGGUCAACAUCUUCCAGCUUGUUGGGGGCUGGCUUAACGAUGAGAGGAAGGGCAAAUGGACUCUUGUCCUGGACAAUGUCGAUGACGAUGAGUUUCUGAACAAGGCUGCUCCUGGUGACUCAGGCAGUACAACUGGGAAAGUACUCUUGGAGUAUAUUCCUCAGAGCCCCCAUGGAUCCAUCAUCAUCACCAGUCGCAGUGCUGCGGUUGCCUCGCGGAUGGUCGAGUCAAGAGAUAUUACCACAAUUGCACCGAUGCACAAGACGGAUGCGCGACUGCUCUUCCAGAAGAAACUCGAUGUUCCAGAAGACCGCGCUGGCGAUGAGAAGAGUGAUCGCAAGAAAUUGAGUCUUUUGGAUUACGAAGGGGGCCACCUACGUCGAGACCGAGAAGCGCAUAAUUCGAUCAUGCUCACCUGGCAAAUCUCUUUCGAUCACCUGCGGCGAGCCAGGCCUUCGGCAGCAGACCUGUUGUCGCUGAUGAGCUUCUUCGACAGACAGGGGAUUCCUGAAGCCUUACUCCGACAUCAAGAAGACGAAGACAACCAUAAGCUAGAUCUACGGGAGAAGGGCCUGGCAAACCUGAGUGAUGAAGAUAGUACAUCCAGUCACGAUGACCAAUUCGACGUCGAUGUCCUGACAUUGAGAGACUAUUCGUUCAUCUCCAUAACAGGAGUAGAUGUUUUCGAGAUGCAUCGGCUGGUACAACUUGCAACGCUCAAGUGGCUUGAAAUCCAAGGACAGUUUCAGAAUUGGAGGGAACGUUUCAUCGAUAUUCUCAGCAAUGCCUCACCAACAAGUGAUUACGGGAAUUGGGGGACAUUGCAGGUAUUGUUUCCGCAUAUACGAAUGGCCGCAACUCAACCACCCGAUACAAAAGACUCUUUAAAAAAUUGGGCUAAACUCAUGUGUCAGGCAGCGUGGUAUGCAUGUUACAAAUGGAACCUACCAGUAGCAAAACACUUAGCAAGCAAGGCUGAAAGAGCAUGCAGGGAGCUACUUGGUCCAGAUCAUUUUAUAACGUCUCAGGCCACUAAGAUAAUAGGCGUUGUGCACGCACAGGCUGCGGAAUGGGAAGAGGCUGAGUUCUGUAUGUCGAGACAACAGGGUCGCUUGAAAGAGGCCGCACAGCUGGGUAGACAUAUUGUGGAGAGCUCCAAGAGAGAACUAGGAGCUGAAGAUUUUGAGACAUUGAUGAGCAUGCACCACCUCGCAACCGCAUGCGGGCAACAGGGUCAAUGGGAAGAAGCCAAAGAGCUCCACACACAAGUAUUGAACAGCCAGUUGAAAUUGCUGAGCCCCGAACAUCCUUUAAUACUGACCAGCAUGAGUAACCUUGCAUUUUGUUUAAAACACACGAAUCAAUACUUCGAGGCCUUGAAGUUGAUGUCUGAAUGCGUGUGCCUGAUGAGAUACCACUUAGGCCCUGAUCAUCCUGAUACCAGGGAUGCGUCGGACGCACUGGUAGAAUGGCAAACCGAGACAUGGCCAUUGAGACCCGGAGAAGAAGAGGUCUCUUCCGAGAUCAGCAUGGUAUCCCAGCAGGAAGUUUAA